AUGGCCGAUAAGAAACUGAAAGCCAAAGAAUUAAAGCGAAAAAACGUCGUAGAAGGAUUGAAGCGCAUAGAGGAUUUCUUGAAGAAGUAUGAUCCAACCCAGCAUGCCCGGGAAGUCGGUUUGAGAUUGGAACGAUUGGAGAAACUGAUGGAAGUCUUCGAAGCAGUUCAAUCUGAAUAUGAGCUGCUCGAUGAAACGGAAGAAUUCAUGAAGGGGAACUUGGAGUGUCGUGCUAAGAUCGAGGAACAAUAUUUCCGCGUAAAGGCUGGUUUGUUGACGAGAAUGCCCGAGGUUGCCACACCGUUAUCGUCCGCUGUAUCCUCUAUGAAUGUACAACCGCCCACUUCGUCUCCGCUAUCUAAUGUGAAGUUGCCCACGAUCACGUUACCGGAAUUUACCGGCGAUUUUAAUGAUUGGCUUACCUUUCAUGACACAUUUGUGUCGAUGAUUCAUACGUCGAACGAGAUUUCAUGCGUGCAGAAAUUCCACUAUCUCAGGGCCGCAUUGAAAGGAGAGGCUGCGAAUUUAAUUCAAUCGAUCACAAUCACCGCCAAUAACUACGCUGUAGCUUGGGAAACGCUAGUACAACGAUAUUCCAACAAGGUUUUGUUGCGGAAGAAACAUAUUCGGGCGCUUUUGAAGUAUCCCAAGAUACCCAAUCAUUCCGUCGAAGCUUUACAUAAAAUAGUGGAUGAAUUUCAGAGGCACACGAAGGUGUUAGAGCAGCUAGGCGAACCUAUCGCCCAGUACAGUUCCAUAUUAAUGGAAAUUCUGGAGGACAAGUUGGACGACGCCUCUCUAGCGGCUUGGGAGGAAUCCAUUUCAUCGGAUCAGCAGCCAACCUAUGAAAAAAUGAUAGAAUACCUGCAGAAAAGAGCUCGUGUAUUGGAGACCAUUCUCAUUAAUCGACCAAAUCCGUCGUCGUUAUUAUCGAAGCCCGCAGCUGGAAGUUCAGGAAGUAAGAAGCACCAUCAUCCCCGCCUGAAUAUUAACGCUGCAGUAACGGACGGAGCAUCUGGAAAAAUAUUUCCAAUGUGCCCUGCUUGCGAGAAGCAAAAACAUCCGCUCGUGGAUUGCGCUGUGUUCAAUGGAAUGAAUGUGGCAGCUCGAUUGAAGGUGGUGUAUGAUAAACGACUCUGUAGUAAUUGCUUCCGGAAUGACCAUUAUGCGAGACGCUGCCGCUCCAAGUUCAGCUGUAAGCAUUGCUCCAAGCGGCAUCAUUCGAUGAUUCACCCAGGACCGGCCGGGAAUCGUCAAGCUGAUGCAGACAUAAGAAACCAGAUGACAAUGCCCUCCUGUGAAAAUCAACAGCCGAGUCCAAAUCCAAUGGUGUCUGCUGUUGCUGCCGCAGUACCUACUAUUGAUACGUACACUAGCUUAGUGCUAGCGAAUCCCGCAGUGAAGGUGACUCACACGAAUGUAUUAUUGUCAACGGUUGUUCUAUUGGUCGUCGAUCCAUACGGACAAGAACACGUCGCCCGAGCGUUGCUGGAUUCUGGCUCGCAGCCGAAUGCCAUCAGCGAGCGUUUAUGUCAGCAGUUACACCUAGCCCGCAGACCAAUCAACAUCCCAAUAUCUGGCAUAGAUGGUACAGUCACGAAUGCCAAGCAUCAAGUGCAGGCAGAAAUACGUUCCCGAGUUUUCCCAUUCCAGCAAACACUAGACUUCUUAGUCCUACGUAGAGUAACAUGUGAUACACCUCCCGUUUCAUUCAAUACGUCGUGCUGGAAAAUUCCAGAAACUCUACCGUUGGCUGACCCCGAAUUCAACGUGACACAUCGUAUAGAUAUGAUACUUGGAGCAGCACAAUUCUUCGAUUUUAUCCGUGAAGGAAAAGUUCGUUUGGCGGUCAAUCUCCCCAUGCUGAUAGAAACCGUAAUCGGUUGGAUAGUGUCUGGUAUCGUAAAGGAAACGAACGAAGCGGAACGAAUCCCGGUAGCUUGUCAUGUGGCGACAGUUACACCCGUGGACCAAUUGCUCGAACGGUUUUGGAGAGUAGAGGAGAUUAACGGAUCAAACUUUUCGCUCGAUGAGCAACGAUGCGAGGAACUAUUCAGAGAAACUGUAUCCAGAGAUGCCGAUGGUCGAUACAUCGUUAAAAUGCCGAAGCAACCACAGUACGAGAAAAUGAUUGGCGCUUCGAAAACGAGCGCUUUCCAACGGUUUCGCUGGUUGGAGCGAAUGUUGGAGAAGAAGAAGGAAUUAAAGUCACAAUACCACGACUUCAUGAGAGAGUAUCUCGCAUUAGGCCACAUGCGCGAGGUUCCAGUGGAUGAUGAUUGCCGUCUUCUUGAAUGUUACCUCCCGCACCAUCCCGUCGUAAAGGAAUCGAGCUCCACGACGAAAGUGCGAGUAGUGUUUGAUGGUUCUGCUAAGACGAGCACUGGGAAAUCCCUAAAUGAUUCUCUUCUCGUGGGUCCAGUUGUCCAAGACGACAUCGUUACAAUUAUCGUGAGGUUUCGACAGUUUCCAGUUGCCCUAGUGGCAGACGCCGAAAAAAUGUAUCGCCAAGUGUGGAUGAACCCUAUAGACCGGCGACUGCAGAGAAUCGUAUUCCGCUUCGACAUAAGCCAACCCAUCAAGAUCUACGAGCUAGCUACAGUCACAUACGGUCUAGCCCCAUCAUCGUUUCUAGCUACGCGUACAUUAUUGCAACUGGUGAACGACGAAGGUGCAGCCUACCCAAAUGCAAGCAAGGCAGUCAAGAAGAACAUUUAUAUAGAUGACUACAUAGGUGGUGAAUUUUCUAUCGAAGCUGCAAUUCAACUUCAAUCGGAGCUAAUGCAGUUGAUGCAGAAAGGUGGAUUCCGUCUACGCAAGUGGGUUUCAAAUUCACCGGAUGUGUUGGCCAAAAUACCUCAGGAGCUUCUCGGCACUCAGUCUGCUCUCAAGUUCGAUCAGGACGAAACGAUAAAAACUCUCGGAAUACUCUGGGAACCGGAGGCUGACGUAUUUCGAUUUAACGUAUCCGUUUCUUUGGAGUCUCGAGAGGCAACGAAGCGCAGCAUAUUGUCGGCCAUUGCACAACUCUUCGAUCCACUGGGUCUGGUGUCCCCGGUCAUUGUACAGGCGAAAAUAAUGAUGCAGCACCUGUGGCUUUUGUCGUUGAAUUGGGAUGACCAGGUGACGCCGGAGAUGCAACGAAAAUGGGACCGUUUUUGUCAGCAACUACCACAACUUUCCGAUUUUCGCAUUGAUCGAUGCGCUUUCAUGUCCCAUUUAAACAAUGUUGAAAUACACACGUUCGCGGACGCCUCAGAUGCAGCAUACGGGGCAUGCGUGUACGUGCGUUCCGAAGUUACGGAUGGUAGUAUCAAAGUGAGCUUGCUAGCAUCCAAAUCGAGGGUUGCCCCUCUUAAAUGUUUGAGAAUCCCCCGGCUUGAAUUAUGUGCUGCACUUGUCGGUGCCCGUUUGUAUGAGAAAUUGAUCCUCGCCCUAGAUGUUCCUAUAAAAGCUAGUCACUUUUGGAGUGAUUCGACGGUUGUUUUGCAAUGGAUGAAUUCCCCCCCCUCGAACAUGGAGGACAUUUGUGGCAAAUCGUAUUUCUGA